CUCGGGGAAAACAAAUACAUCACCUUGAGGUCAACUGCGAACAAAGUUCUUUGUCGGCCAGUUGUCAACGUUUGACUAAACUCUAGGCAGUUUCAGAAGUAAUACUUGCAAGAUCUAUGGGUAGGCUGGUACUUUUGGAAUUCACGGUUUUCGUUUUUAUCGCCAUCUUUUUCUCCCACGUCUUAAAUCUCUUGUAAGUCAGAAGUCUUGGUUCAUCGGUUAAUAACUCAAAGCUCUUCUCGCGUCCGUAAACGAGUGUAUCAUCUUAUCCAUAUUUUUCUAGGAUUAAACUUGGUUUUUUUACGCAGACGAUAAACCACUCCCCUGGAACUUGUGGAGUGAUACAAGGUACGUUUGCAGAACUCAAAAUACUUGUAGCAAUCGCCUUAUUUCUUGGGGGUGAAACAGCGUCUUCUCAGUCAUAUCCUGUGCUUUUGGUCACAGCUUAUUUACAUUUUGAGAACAGUUUAAAAGGGGCAGUUGCGAUCAUUUCAUUUACAAAUUUAGAUAAUUUUUUUUCAAUAUCUUUUUUUCUUCCUUCUUUUAAUAGUCAUUCUGUUCAGUUUUCUGUCUAAUUCCGGUAGUCAGUCUGGGAUCAGUCAAAACCUCCGAACAACUAAUUUUGAGUUACAGGGCAACUAGGCUACGCAAGCGUAACAUGACUAACAUGUGCCUGGAGCGUGAGGGAUUGAAAAGUAAGAACAAAACUAUCUUCAAUAUGAAGUCCAUUCGUUUGUUUAGCUGUAGAACGCCAUAAAGUUUGCUGUUAGCUGUUAUUAAGUGCGUGUAGACAUGCAGCACGCGCGUUUUGGACAUUUGUGGCUCGAAAUUGUUGUGGGUUUGACAUCAUGCAUUAACAAAUCAUGAUUACUUUCAAAUAUACUGCAAAACCUCUUUGUCGAGGAGGUUGAUUAUUCACUGAAAUUUAAGCGGUAUUUAUUAAAACGAGUGUGAUUGAUUGUUUUCUUUUUCUAGCGAACGGUUCUGAAGAUUUCGCCCUUCUCCCUGAUGGACUGGUCUUUGUGUCUUCCGUAAGUGCUUGUUGUUUAUUGUUGGAACUGUAUUAUGCAUGCCUUAAGUCUUUGGAGGUGGGUAGCCUUCAAUAUCAAGUAAUAGUUAAAAGUCCGAAAGGCAUUUCUUCAGAAAACAGCUGGGAAAGCAAACUGUACUAUUCUCAAUUGUGCCUUAUUUUUCCUGGACAGUAACUUUAAAUUAAGCUCUCCUGCAAAAAGAUUGCAAAAUAAGGAUGGGUAGGAUACGCCCCAAACGUGAGGAAGGCCGAUGAGGUUGUGGUUAGGGCUAGGGUUAGGGUUAGGACAGGAAAUCUUAAAACAAAUCCAUCACGUUCAGACCACAGUUUUUCAAGAAAAUUAGUGACCGUACCCUUUGCAUCUUUUGUUUAAAAAUGCAGAGUUCUUUCAAGUACUCUGGGUAAUAUUUCUCUGUGUUUAGGCUGUACCUUGGCUGCAUGCCCUCUGGGUUCUGUUUACAAAGGUGGUUUGCAAUAAAUAACUUUAAGAUCAGGUGAUGGAAUUGGCCAACAUAACAAUUUAACUAGUCUUUGAUAAAACAGAGUUCUGAGAAACUGCCUUUGAAGAAUUAACUGGUCUGUUUAUAGGCGACCUUCUAUUGCCUAUAGAAAUCAUGCAUUGUCCGCGCAACCUACAGAUUAGUAGAUAACUGAUAGCAAUUAUCUGCGCUGAUUUCCGAAAUAAAUGUAGUCUCAGCCAAUGAGAAGACACAUUGUGAAGUAAUGUGUCAGGUUUAACUGGCACCAAAGAUGUGCACACUAUUAGUAAUGCAAAAAAUAUGGAAAGCCUGCGUUGCAGUAAUAAAGAUGGCGAGUUUCAAGCUUAGAGAUAUCAAUCGUGUCAAUCGUGUUACCAUUAGUAAUAACACUGGUGAUGAUUAAAUAUGAAUGAUGAUUAUGAUGACGUUGUUGAUGAUAGCGAUGUAUGAUGACGAUGAUGAUCAUAAAUUUUAAAUGUCCUAACGAGUUUUGCUUAUUUUUUCUUCUUUAAUUUACCAACAGGGACUCCGCUAUAAACUGGCACUCUAUUACGACCCCGAGAUUGACAAACGAGACUCUAAGCUGUUAACAUUUGACCUCAACAAACCUGACCAGCAUCCAGUUGAAUUAACACUGAAGAACUUCAACGUCACGGGAUUUAACCCUCACGGGAUUAGCGCGUAUCAAGACCCAUCCUCGGGUCAGGUAUCCUUGUUUGUUGUGAAUCACCGACCAGAUGCACAAGCCAUUGAAAUAUUUGACUUUGAGCGGGAAAAACAUUCAUUAAUACAUCGCCGUUCUGUGGUGGAUGAUUUGAUCUGGAGUCCAAAUGAUGUAUAUGCAGUAGGUAGGUGACUAGUUAAUUAAGGUGGCUCGAUCCUGUUUUUCAGUGAUAACGUUCUCUCCUUGAACACGAAAAGCAAAGAUGUCUCAAAAAAAGUAGAAAAUCGAAUUGUGCUCGUUACAUUUGUAGGGCGAUCAUUUCAAGUGGCGAUUAUAACUCCUGGCCUUGGGGGAAUGUAAAAAAUUGAAAACAGUUGAUUGCCCAUUUCACAUUCCAGCACUUUGGAUUAAGAUAUAAGGGAUUUUUACCUUUAUUGGACGAAAUGUGGCAUGCAAAUACAGCCAUCGCUCCUCGCCGCUCUGCUUGGACGUUUCGUUUCCUUUCAAGCCCGUUUCGCUGCAAAGCCUGGUGAGGAAGAGCGAUGAAAAGUGCCUUUUUCGCAUAUUAGGAACUGAGAGGUAUUGGAGAUCUUUUUAAAAACUCAACAAUGGUAAAAAGAGGUCCGGUCAGCAACUACCUUUAGAAUUAGCUCGAGACAAGGUACAAAAAACAAACAAACAAACAACAACAACAACAACAACAUCAUAGCGAUUUCACACAAAUAAAGCGCUAUGCAACUUCAAAAUACAAAAAAUAAAUAAAUAAAAAUAAAUUACGGCCGGCGUUCUUUUAAAGCCUUGUGGCACGUUGAAGCGUCCAACUGAAACUGUAAUGGCGUCGCGAAAGAAGUAUCUUAGCGUUGAACACGUCCAAAAUAACAGGCAAAAUCAAUCGAUAAAAUGGCAGCUCUUCACAGGCGCGGAUACACAACAGUUUCCAGCGUGCCUAUGUAUGACGUUUACGUGCGUUAGGCUGUUGCAGUUAGCAAUAUGCGACGUCUAACGCUGAGCCGGUGCAGUCAUGUGGCCAAUACAGGGAAAAAAAUAGUCCGUAUAACCGGCUAUCUAUCAGAUGUUUAAUUAACAACAUCUUGGAAAAACUAAAAAAUAACCGCAUGAGACGAUUAACUUUCUUCUUUCCAAUAUAUACCCUUUGCAGGUCCUGAUAGCUUUUACGUCACCAACGAUAACUUCUUUCAUUUUGACCGCACUGUGAUGAGAAACUUGUGGCUUUUUUUUCUGAAUUACUGGCUGCAUUGUAACAUUGUGUUUUUUGAUGGAUUCAAGGCUAUUGAAGCGUUUGUAGGAGUUCAUCCUAAUGGUAUUGCUAUGGAUAAAGACAAAAGGUUAGUUGGUGUGUCUAUAAGGUGCGUUGCAUAGCAAACAAAAGGCGUUGCAUGCGCCAGCAUUUUAUGAAAUUGAUCCCUAACGGAACGGUCACCUUUUUCUCAAAAAAAUUUUAAAAAAAGGUUAAACUGAUGCCAAAUUGAUGGAGAGGUGGACACAACAAGGUUUUCCCGCCAUUCAAACUUAUACGAAUUGAGCUCAUAUAUAAUUCUAGCCUGCGCGCAGGCUCUCAAGUUAGGUUUCGCGCUGGAUUCGUUUUGUGUUACUCACGCGAGAUGAUACGACCAGGCGGGAGUGAAUACCCAGCGCCGGUGCGCUUCGCUGCUCGCGUGUCUCACUGACUCCUUUACUACUCUCGCCCCCAACAACGAGACCCAGCAAGUAUCAUUCAUUCAAACAGAGAACGUAAACCUAGUCCAGCGAUUUGAAAGUACGAUUGUGCCGAUCGCAGCUGUUAUACGCAGACAACCAUAAAAAAUAGCUGUAUCUAUCUUCAGGAAUCUUUUUUUCUCAUAGAUUGCUGUGACAUCUAGCUGCAAACAUUGUUAAGUUGUUUCCACUCAAUCCAUGCGAUUGUUAAACUUGUUUCAGCAGCGAUCUAAGCUGGUCUAAGCUUACGCUGUCAUGCGCAAACCACUACUUGAAAACAGUCCAACUCAGAGAUCAGCUGAACCCGGCAAUUAAGCUGUUCCCAGCCAUGUUUUUUUCCCUUGUAGGUUUGCGUUUACUCCCGACUACAUUUCUCUCAGCGUGGCAAUUUACAGACGUCGUCAAGACAACACAUUAGAAAAGUGUCAGGUUAGUUUGCAUGUGUUAGAGUAAUUCCUUGAUAUUGCCCUAACGAGAGCGAAGUGGGAUGGGAAGGGAGAUUUUUAGACUCCCUUUAUGACUUCCUGGUAUCCUUGCUCAUUCUAGAGGGGGUGGAACAGGGAGAUCCAAAUCUGCCGUCCCUUGUCCCUAGCAUUUCCUGCUCCCGCCCCUUUUUGUCUUGUCCUCUGCACUUAAGCCCUUUUUCGAUUGCGAAAUAUUAAGCAUCCCCACCCCUCACCCCUCAAAUUUCUCCCUCUUCCCUUCCUUUUAGAACUCCCACUAUCCCGCCCUUUCGUCACCUCCCGCACCCCUUUUUCUCCCGAACUACCCCUCCCCUGUCCUCCCCCAACAUCGUACCUUACGUCACUACGUAUUACCUGAAUACCUGUUGUUUUCUUCAACCAUAGUUUAUUCACCUCUUCAAAAAUCCUUCACUUAAAUAUGUUAUACGUUGAAACAGUUUCUUCAAUAACGUUCGACGUCGUUUUAUGUUCUGCUGUUCCAACUAACAUUGGUAAUCUUUUUACUAAAGGUAAUGAAAAGCCUGAACACGUGACCAGGUUCUCUUCAUCCGGCAGUUUUUAUGUUAACACAUCGAGAUUGAAUCAAAACUAAGGUUCUUUUGCUAGGGCUAAGCUUUGGAACUCCGUUCGCGAUGAACUCCGUCAAC